AUGAUCAUCCAAUUCGUCAAUAUAUUAGAAGAGCAAUUGCAAAAGAUCAAUUUCAUCAAUUUUGAGAUUGACCUUUUCGUAAUUCUUCUCUAUAUGGUACUAUCACACAAUCAUUGUAGAUAAUUUGUACUCCCCUUGGAUUCGUGUUCCAUUACAUCAAGAGUCCAACUGGAAGACUGUAUUUCAACCUUUUCAUGGGGGUCUUCUUUUCCGUGAUCGUUUGCAAGGAGUGGUUUCCAUUGAUGUUGGGUUGGACAAUAGCAGUUUACUUUAUUGCAUAAAUCUUCAAAAAAUGCGCAUUACCGGUGUCCAUCGUUGCAUUUGGAAUUCUCUCCUUUGUGCAUAUCUAUAGACUCAUCUAUUAGUACUUGAGUUGGAGAAUGGACUACAAUGCAAUUCAAAUGUUGUUGACAGCAAGAUACAUCUUCUAUGCUUGUGACAAAUAAGAUGGAAAAGUACAAGGCAAAACAUCUUUUAUGAUGUAUUUAUCAUACAUUUUCAUGUUCCCCAAUUUGGUUGUAGCACCUAUCCCCUAUUAUGCAUUUGUUGCUCUCAUAGAAAGAAAGACUGAUUACACUCAUUAUAGUCCUAAAUUUGCAUUGAUCUCCUUCCUCAAGGCUUUGGCAGUGAGUAUGGCAGAAUUGCUUAUAAGACCUUAUUUUGAUACAGAUUGGUACUAUUCGGAAGAGUGGAGAAAUCAAUACAGCUUAUGGUUUAAAUUUGCAAUGAUCUUCGUAAUCACUCCCUGUGCAAGAUUCACUUACAUAGCUGCCUUCUACUUUACUUAAGCAGGAAUGGAUGCUAUGGGAUUGACCUAUAAUGACAAGACAAGUAAAAUAGACAUAAUCAUAUAAAAUAGAAAAAAAUGAUCUCUGGGUUGUAUUUGAUUACUCCUUUGAAUUAGAGAAGAAUGUCGUCAUCAAAACAUAGAAAUGGAAUUGCAAUAUCCAAAAUUGGUUGAAAUAUUGUUUCUAUGAUCGUCUUCAAAAGAGAUUUGGUAGUUUGACAUUCUACCUAGUCUUUAUGAUCAGCAGUCUUUGGUAAAUAUUAUGUGUGUAUAUGAAUAGGCAUGGCUUUUAUCUAAGUUACUAUCUAUUCUUUAUCUUUUGGGCCAUCACAGGACAAGUGUACAAGUACUUUUACAAAGCUCAAAGAAGAUUUUAUUUGUAUAUUCUGUUUACUACUAUUCUUUAGUAUCCCAUAACCUGUUAGACAUUUAAUUGCUUGGGUCUUCGGUAUCUUGACAUUUGAUCAUUUCGCAACAGCCGUUCGUGUCUUAUAAUGGGAAAAGGCAAUAGAGUUGCAUAACAGUGUAUAUUGGAUUCCUCAUAUUGUAAUUUUGGUGAUUUUCUUGUUCUUCAAUAUCACUUAAUUUGGCUAGAAGGAUGGAAAACCAAAGGAUGGGAAGUCUAAAAAGUAGGAAUGA